GAGGAAACGGACCAGAGGGGAGGAAAGGGGGAGUGGAGAGGAGGAGGAGGAAAAAGAGGAGGGGGAGAAGCGCGCAAAGUGACCAGGAAGGGCCUCUCCUGGCUCGCUUGCUUUCAAAAAAGAAAGCGCUGGCGGACAGGCCCCCCUCUCCCUCCCCCUCCCCCAAAUAAGCCUGGCGCCCCGAGCCUGGGGAAACCUCAGUCCGCGUUUUUCCUCGGCUCCGCCGCCGCGCACGCUCCGCUCCGCUCCCCCUCCGCCGCCGCCGCCUUGCUGAGCGGAGCUUCUCCUUGGCUCCGUCGGCCCCCGCCCGCCCUCCCUCCGAGCCGCGCGCUUUGGGGGCUAUGCCUGCGGGCAUGUUCAGCAUCGACAACAUCCUGGCGGCCAGACCCCGCUGCAAGGAGUCGGGGCUGCUUCAGCAGCAGCAGCAGCAAGCGGCGCCUCAGCCGAGCGCGCCGUCGGUGGUUUUCUCGACCAGCCUGCACGGCGGGGACUCGCUGUAUGCCUCGGCUGCCGCCGCCGGCGGAGACUACGGCGGAUAUUACUCGCGGGCGGUGGCCCCGGCCUCCAACUUGCCCGCGCUGGGCGGAUCUCGACUGGGAGGCUAUGGCAACUAUUACUACGGGCAGCUGCACGUCCAGGCGUCCGCCGUGGGGCCGCCUUGCUGCGGCGCGAUGCAGCCCCUGGGCGCGCAGCAGUGCUCCUGCGUCCCGGCAACAGGCUACGAAGGGACCGGGUCCGUCCUGAUGUCUCCGGUGCCCCAUCAGAUGCUGCCGUACAUGAACGUGGGCACCUUGUCCCGGACUGAGUUGCAGCUGCUGAACCAACUGCACUGCCGUCGGAAAAGGAGGCACCGCACCAUCUUCACGGACGAACAGCUGGAGGCUCUGGAAAACCUCUUCCAGGAAACCAAAUACCCAGAUGUGGGCACUAGGGAACAGCUGGCCAGGAGGGUCCAUUUGCGGGAGGAGAAAGUGGAGGUUUGGUUCAAGAACCGCCGGGCUAAAUGGAGAAGGCAAAAGAGGUCUUCUUCGGAGGAGUCAGAAAAUGCCCAGAAAUGGAAUAAAGCUUCCAAAACAUCCCCAGAGAAGAGACAAGAAGAAAGCAAAAGCGAUUUGGACUCUGACAGCUGAUACCUUUCCCCCCACCCGGAGGAUAAAUUUGCUGGGCCGGCGGAAUGGACAUAGCUUGCCUGCACAACUUGCACCGAGAAGGAAGAUGCUUAAGAAUUCUUGCACAGACUCUGCCUAUGCAGGAGGAGGGAAAGGAGGACCGUAUAAAUAUAUAAAUAUAUCUAUCUGUAUAUAAUGUACACAUGACGACCCUGGGAGCGAUCCCUUUUAAAUAAAGCGUGUU